UUUUAUAGUUACAAUGGCUUAAAAUUGUCGAAAUCAUUUUCCAAAUUCAAAACACUUCACAAAUAUUUGCAGAGAUUUUAACUUGUCGUGGUGGGCUCGGCAUGAAUUCUCUUUAUAUCUCUCCGUAGUUGAGAGGAGCGAGAGGGAGAGGGAGAGAGAGAGAGAGAAGAGAAAUUAAAUGACUCAUCUCCAAACACGUUGAGCUCCGGUUAAUGCUCUCGCGGUGGGUUGUUUGUUGGAUCUUGAGAUCUUAAACUUUCCCUCUGGAAAAGAAAAGGUUUCAAGAAUGAUUGAAAAAAACAUGGUUCCGACACUGGAUGCCAUCAAGGGCGGUGGAGGAUCCAUCAAAGUUGGGUCCACUGGGACAAUUGGUACCUUAAUGUCAAGGGAAUUAGAAUCCACAAAGUCUGGUCCUCAAACACCUAGGAAGAAAUCUCCUACAGUUUCUAUUUUGGUUCCUAGUGAUGCCACUACUCCUAAAAUACUAAAGCCAAGAACAUCACUGGAUGAAGCAAGCAGCAGUAGCAGCAGCAGCAUCGUGAAUAAGAAAAGCACUGAAAUUGCCCGGAAAACAAAACACUACAAUCGGAAAACCCAUCAAAUACCAAUGCUCGACUCUGAUAACAUAUCCUUAGACGGAAGUACUCCUAUUAGAGAUAAACCUGAUAAAAGAGGAUCUUACAUUGUUGAAGUUGUGGACAUAAAAUGCGGUAAUCAGGACAGGACAUGGACCGGCCCAAUAACAAAUCGACUCAAGAAGCUUGGUUUCUCGAAGCUUUCUGAGAGCAGCAUAGUCUAAGCCAGCUGCAACUUCUUUGCAUCGGCUUUCAGAUUCCUGUAACUGAAUCCAGAAGUCUUGUUUGGCUGAUUGUUCUCUGCAACUUCCACCAUAGAACAUAUGUUUGGCACGAGUUUGCUUCCUCCUUUCUUCUUCUUUUUCGGGGUUUUGAUCAAAGAUCCGUGCUUGGGGGGUCUGGAGUAACUGCUUGUGGAGGCCAUGUCUGUGAAUUGAUGCCGAGGCUUCUCAGAGCUGUCCUGGCUGCCUAAUUCAAGCCGGUUAAAGUACUCUAUCUCUUUCAUCAUAAGGGAUCCAACAGUUCCUCUGGUGCCUAUUUCAACUGGAGUUUUUGCAGCCCUUUUCUCAGGAAUUGUCGUGGUGAUUGUGUUGGAUUUAUGCAUUGUUUUUUGUGUGGUUGGAGGAAAGGUUAAGGGUUGUGGAUGAGGGGAGGUGGUUUUGGGCCCUGUCUCGGUGGGGAUAUUGAAAUUGCUUCGAAUCUCUUGCAUACUGGUUUGGCCUUAUGCUUGGUGUGUUGUCACAUGAAUUCUUUACCUUAUAUUCUUUAUCUAAAGUGAAGAUCACUGUAGUUGGGAGGGGUUAAGUGGUGCCAUGGUCACUGGAAUCAUGUGCUUGCAGUUACGACAUUAACUCAUUAACUCAUUACAAGCUUCUUCUAACUACUUGGUGUCUCAGUCAUUUACACACACACACAUACAUAUAUUUGAACAUUGACUUAUGGGUUACUGCUAAAUAAAUGUUGCAUUUUGUGUUUAUGAUAUGCUAUUUAGCCUGCUUUGAAAGAAAAUAAUAAAGAAGAAAGAUUGUUACUUCUAA